AGGCAGCCGAGCCGUCAGUGCUGGUGUGACCGUGGUGGCGGCCGCUGUGUGCGUGUGUGUGAACUGCGGCAGUGUCGGAGUGCGGCUCUCGCUCGGUCUCUCGUGCCGAGAAAUUGAGUGCGAAGGCAAGCGGCCUGUGAAUUCGCGUCCUGUAGUGGUAGGUGAAUGCGACUCAGGGGCGUAGCUCAGGACUCCUUCACCGCUUCCUUCAGGAGUCUUGCACCGCCAUACAGAUACAGGCCGUCGAACCAGCUGACUGAAUCGUAAUUGGAAACACAGGAAAGUUUGCGGCUGAGGCGAUUAGUGUGAUAUUCCCACAGCAUUGCCCUCGUGCCCUUCGCCUCAACGGUUAAAGCAGAGAGCUCCUAAGUGGACGCAGUUGGAGAUCUCUUUAGAAGCUGUCACGCCUGCUUUGUCAAAAGUAGCUUAGUUUACUGUGAGCAGCACAUACAUAACGACUUAGAUGUCCAUAUAAUAGAAAUAGUAAAAGUAGAAGCUUGAAAAUUUAUGUUUAAGCUUAAGGAGUACUCCUGCAGUGUAUAAAGCUUAAUGUGUAUUCAUCAGUGUUUGAAGCUUAAAGUGUGUCCGUCGAUGUUUAGAGCUUAAGUGUAUUCGUCGUUGUACGAAGCCCAAAUUGUUUUCCUCGGCCUCCGAGGGUUGGGCAGCGAGAGGACGCGCGAAGUACGCGGUGGCACGCUUCGGGAUGAAGGAGGAGAUGGGAGGCGUGGCCACGCACGCCGAGGCGCUGCGGGCCCUCAACCUCCAGCCUCCAAGGAUCUCCAGCCACCUCGACCUGCUCACCGACCCACUGGCGCCGCUCCGUGCCCCUUCGCACACCGCCGCCGCCCACGCUCGAGUCUCUGCCGCCCGGAGCCUGCGAGGGGCUUUCCAUGCGCGCCUCAAUGGGCCCUUAGCGUCCCUGCAGGCGCCCACUGCCCACCGCGCCAACACCGCCUCCACUCGGUCUCCCCGCGCAGUGAAGAGGCUGUCGGCCCGCAGUUCGAGGGCGCCCCGGGCCAGGAGUCAGCCCACGACCGACAAGGAGAAUGUGCUUGGACUGGAAGAGGAGGAGGACGAGGGCUUCGAGGACGUGUGGGGGGCUGGAAGGGAAGACUCGAGGCCUAUCAGUAGUGGGCGCGAUGCCAAUGCCGCUGAUAACAGCUGGGCGGGGGACAUCACCCGUCUGUCCUCCGCCCUCGAUCAGCUGGCGGCCCUGUGCAACGCCACCCAACGCUCGCCCCACGAGAACCCGACCUCCCUCCCCCUCUCAGACUCGGCGCUCAGCAUGUCUGCGGCGCAUUCGUCCCUCCAGCCCUUCCACCACCACCACCAGCAGUACCCUCUGCAUAAUCCAGCGCACCACCCCCCUCCCAACCCCAUCCCCACCACCAUUUCCCCCACGUGCCCAGUGCAUGGCUCCGGCGCCAUGCACGCCAGCCUGGUAAAUCCCUCCUCUGGCGACGGAUUCUUCCCGCACCAGGAAAGCGAUUCUGGAGGGAGCUCGGGAGGGCACGUAGCCUCCACGCCUCCCUCGCCAACGACCGGGUCCGGUGGGCGUGAGUUUGCUGGCAUGGCUCGCAAAGUGGGCGUAGCCCUCCGUGCCCUUGGUGGGCGGCUGGCAGCGUGGAGUCGCGGCGCCGAUGGUUCACAGGGAUCCUCUCAGCUGUCCUCAUCCUCGUCGUCUUCAUCGUCCCCCGUGGCCGGCAGACAUUCAGGUCAUCCCACACCGAGCCCGACGCCGCCGAACGGCCUGCCUUCAGACAUGAAUCCGGUCAAUCCAGGUGGUGGCAGGCUGUUUCUGCAUCCUCACGAACGGGCGCCGAAGAUCGUGGUGGCCCUCUACGACUACAACGCCACCGAGCGAGGAGACCUGUCGCUGCGGAAGAAUGAAGAAUUCGAGGUGCUUGAACAAGAUCAGGAACACUGGUGGAAGAUGAGAAAUAGACAAACUGGAAUGGAAGGGUUUGCUCCCAGCAAUUACGUUAGAGAGCUAGGAACACCUGAUAUACAGCAGUAUGACUGGUAUCUCGGCGACGCAACAAGACAGCGCGCGGAAGUAUUCCUAAUGCAACAGGAACGGGAGGGUUGCUUUGUUGUGCGGAACUCGACCACGAAUUCUGGUGUUUACACCCUUUCAGUGUAUACGAAACAGCUUAGGUCUCAUCCGCAAGUAAAGCACUACCACAUCAAAAAGGAUCCGGAGGGAAACUACUACCUUUCGCAGAACAUCAAGUGCAAGACCAUUCCCGAGCUCAUCUACCGGCACCAGCACAACCCCGGCGGUAUCUGCGCCAGACUGCGACCGCCCACCCUCGGGAGAACUGCGCCAGCGACUGCGGGACUCAGCCACGAUAAGUGGGAGAUUGAUCCAUCGGAGCUCAAUCUCCUGGAGGAGCUGGGUUCCGGGCAGUUCGGCGUUGUGCGCCACGGCAAGCUCAAGUCCUUGGAUGUGGCUGUCAAGAUGAUGAAGGAAGGGACGAUGAGCGAAGAUGAAUUUAUUGAAGAAGCGAAAGUCAUGACGAAAUUACGACACGGUAAUUUGGUUCAGCUGUAUGGAGUGUGCAGCAGACAACGCCCAAUAUACAUCGUAACGGAAUACCUGCGCUAUGGAUCCUUGCUACAGUAUCUUCGUAACAAAGAAAGAAUCCUAUUAAAUAAUACUGAUGUUCUUUUAGAUAUGUGUUUGCAGGUCUGUAGUGGAAUGGCUUACCUUGAGAAGCAGAAGUUCAUUCACCGUGAUCUUGCAGCAAGAAAUUGUCUUGUGGGAGCUCACAAUGAAAUUAAAGUUGGAGAUUUUGGUUUAGCAAGGUAUGUUGUGGAUGACGAAUAUACUGGUUCAGGAGGUGCUAAGUUCCCAAUCAAGUGGGCAGCUCCUGAAGUGCUAAACUUCAUGAGAUUCUCCUCCAAGUCUGAUGUCUGGGCCUUCGGUGUCUUGAUGUGGGAAGUCUUCACUUGCGGCAAAAUGCCUUAUGGCCGGAUGAAGAAUGCCGAAGUUGUUGAUAUGGUGCAGCAUGGAAGAGUUCUGGAAAAACCCAGAUUUUGUCCUAGUGAUGUCUAUAAUGUAAUGCAACAGUGCUGGAAUGCAAAUGCUGAGAAUCGACCUUCAUUUAAUGAAAUCCUCAGGAUGUUCCAAGAUGAAUGACUUUCAUCAAAUAUUGCCCCCCAUCCCUCAGCUCAUACCGAAUAGAUAGUUUGUUUUUAGAAUCUAAUCUUGUAUACUAAAAACUAAAAAAAUGACAGCUUCCAAUAUCAUUGGUAUUUUUUUAUGAUGGCUUGUGACAGCACCAGUAAUAUAUAUGUGUGUGUGUGUGUGUGUGUGUGUGUGUGUGUGUGUGUGUGUGUGUGUGUGUGUGUGUGUGUGUGUGUGUGUGUGUGUGUGUGUGUGUGUGUGUACACACUCAUAUAUUCCUUUUUGAAGUGAAAAACCCAUUCUGGAUUAUGGAUUUUGCCUGAAGCUGUAGCUUGCAUAAGGAAAUCACCAUUAAAUUUUAGCUUCGUUGGAGGCUGAAAUGCACAAAAAUUGUCAAAAGCAACAAAGUAGAAGUCAUUGAAUACUGAUAAUAAGUGAAAGUAAAAAAUAUUUGACAAAUUUUGUCACACUCAAUGAUGGUUUUCCAAUCAUGUUCUUAAUCAUGUUUUUGUUGUGAUUGAAGUCUUUCCUACAAUGGCAAAAUGUCAUAUUUGAUCCAAAUUGUGAUUACAUCAGUGAUUUUAGUACUAGGAUGUAAUGAGUUUUGGUAUUAUAUUCCUACCUUCAAAACACAGCAAUCAUUCAUAACAUUGAAAAAGGUGGCUUAAAACAAACUCCAAUAAUGCAACACAAUUGUAAAUAGAUAGUUUUGUGUACAAGACUGGAUAUCAUUAGCAUAGUACAUUUUCCUGUGUUAAAAGAUAUGUGAUGCAAAGUUGCCCUUAAAUUUAUGUUUAAGCUUCCAAAACUUUUGCAUGGUUCGGGAAGCCCAGGACAGUGUUAGAUCUGGAAAGACACUGGUUUUGCCAGUCAGUGUUAGCACAGGGUUAAUGGGACCAGUGUGACUGCGUGUUUUUACAAAACACUUCACUACUGCAACAAAGUUUAGGUUAUGCUGGAAAUAAUGGACUUAUUUUUCUAUUAGCUGAAGUUUUUCAAAUUGAUAGAUAUAUAAAGAGUUACACAAAGAAUGCCAAGCUCUUUGCACAUUCAGUAUCAUUUGGAAAAAUGGAUGUAAGGAAACAGAAUGAUAUUGCCUUUUCUAGUUUGAGUAAAAUGCAGGCAUAAAGUAACUCUGCUGUUCCUAUGACUUGUAAUGGUUCACUUAGAACUGUCUGAGACAAAAGUAAUGUGUAAGUGUGUUACAGAUCGUCUUUUGAUGCUAGUGAUAGGUGUGGUGACUUGUUAAGUCAGUCAUCAUCAGGAAACUUUGCAUACUAUUUAUGAAUGCACAUGUAAUUCUGGGCAGAGCUUCAGCAGGAGGUUCAUUUCUUUAUCCUUCUGCUUUUUCAUGGGGUUAGAAUUUUUACCAUUUCAUAAUUUUUGUAAGUAACACAUUGAUUCACGGAUUACUAUUCAACCUUUUUAAUGUAUUUUGCAUUUUUAUAUUGAUAUUUGUGGUGAAUGUUCAACUGUAGAUGGCAUGCAUACCUUCCUUUGUCUGAUGGUGUUUUUAUAUAAACAUUUAAAAUCAAAACAACAGUUUAUAUUAUGGUGCAAUACCAUAUUCUUUUUCAGUAGAUUGUCAUAUAGCAAGUGGAAUACUCAAGCAUUUUUGUCACUUUCUUGUCAUAAUAUGAUGAGCCUUCCCCCUUAGUACAUAAGGUUUUCAUAGAUUACAAGGCACACUGGACAUUAGUAUCUCUAUUGCAUUGUGAAUAGUAGCCAUAUUGUUACCUAAACAGAUAAAACUUAAUGAAUCAUUGUCUGGAAGCUUAAUAUGAAUAUGUCGUUAGAAUUCCUCAAAACUGUAAAUACAGUAACUUAUGUUACAUAUGUAAUAAUUUGUAUAUGUGAUAAUUAUGAAAGGUGAUUAUCUUAGGUUAUUAUCAUUCACAGUAUGUUAAUGAUAGUGCUUCUUAAGUUAUGACUUAGUUAUUUAUGAAGUAUAGCAGAUGCUGGCAUGAAUAUCAAACCUGAAUUAAACUAUGUAUAGAAUUAAUCAUAUCAUGUUACUGUCAAUAAUUUGAUGGAUAAGAGGGCUCUGAAUCUCUGGUCACAAUUCUGAAUUUGUUUCAUGAGAACCAUCAGGCGGUGGUCUUCAUUGUUAGCAAAUGGUCACA